AUGGGUGCCAUCUCUUGUGAACAAGAAUCUCGGGUUUCUUCAAGAAACAUCGUAGAAUUUCAACAAAAUCAAGAAAAUGAUCAAACCCAAAACCUAGAAUCUCUUGAUGAUGAUGUUUUGUAUCAAGAGACUGAACAAGUGUGGCAAAACCUGAGCCAAAAUAACACCUGUACCAAAAACUUCAACAAGAGUUCUCUUGGGAAGAUCCAGAGAAAAAAGAGUCAAGUGUUGUUUGAAGGGUAUGUGGAAGGAAGCAGUAACAGUAGCGAAGAUGAGUUGAAGAACACAAAGAGUUUGACAGAUGAAGAUCUGGAUGAGUUAAAAGGGUGCUUGGAUCUUGGGUUUGGUUUUAGUUAUGAUGAGAUCCCUGAACUUUGUAAUACUUUGCCAGCCCUUGAACUUUGUUAUUCAAUGAGUCAGAAGUUUCUUGAUGAGCACCAGAAAUCUCCUGAGAGAAGUUCUCCUGCAGCGGCUGAGGCUGCGAGUUCUAGUCCUAUUGCUAAUUGGAAGAUCUCUAGUCCUGGUGACCAUCCUGAAGAUGUUAAAGCAAGACUCAAAUAUUGGGCACAGGCUGUGGCAUGUACAGUACGAUUAUGCAGCUGA